AUGGCAACAAUAACAGAAUUGGAGGACACAAUUCCCGGAAAGUUAUCGUUUCUGAAUUAUGUUUGGGCGGUAUUUGGAUAUAUUAUCUGGAUUUUCUCAAAACCGUUGGUAAUUUUUCGAGAAUUUUUUAAAGCGAAACAAGUCCAAGGACCCGCCGAGAACAACGUCCAGCCUGAAAAACUGAUCUUAGUAAGACGCGAGAGAAACUGGAUUGAUAACUGUUGUCAUGACAACGACUGUUGUCACGAUCUUAAAAACACGACAAAUAGCCGUGUUACAAGUAUUGGGGAUGUAUUGAAAUUACUAGGUGGGCAAUUUAAACAGGUUUUCACCGGUUUGUAUGAAUCGCACCAGACCCCGUUAGGCACACGUUUUAGUCACGUGACGGUGAUGAAUCCGCUCCAGUCUCCCAACCGCGCAAGCUACAAGCCAAACUUAAUUUGUGAAGGUAUUAUGGCAAAACUGGCAAGGCUUCAAGACAAUGGGGACUUUGAUGCAUUCGACAAGUGUUCGUCAGCUCUUCUUGGUUGCUAUGGCAACGAAAGCCCGGAUAUCAGAGCUACAGUGUUAAUAGAACAGUCACGAUCGAUGCUGUACCAAAAUCGUCUCGCGCGGGCUAAAUACCUCGCGCGGACGUCCCUCGAGUUAGCCACGAGCACUGCGUGCCCCGGAAUGUACAUCGCGCGUGCUUGUCUCGUACUGAGCGCAUGCUACAGAGCAAAAGGGAAAUUGGGCAAAUCUAAGAUGUUUUUGGACGAAGCGCGGCAAAAUUUGAAAAAUACGGCAUACUACGAUGACUGGUGUCGCUUUUACGAUGCUUACGGAAGUUAUUUAAACGGUAUUAGUGAUACAGUGACACUGCCGGGAGAAUCAGUCCUCGAGAACGCAAAAGAAUGCUUUUUUAAGCAACUCCAAGUUGCGGAAUUGUGUGAAACGCGGAAAAAGCAACAAUUUUAUGCGUUGCUAAAAAUAGCGCGAACCCUGCUCGAUGCCAAUACCAUAUUUGGUCAACAACGUGAAGUUCCAGCCGAUGACGUCACAAAAGCGGGUGAAUAUUUGGAUAAGAUCGAGGCGGAAUUAUGGGAAGACGUUGCACGUGGUACGCACAUGCAGUUUUUGUUGAUCAGAGUAAAGCAAUACUAUAGACAGCAAAGGUAUCAUGAAGCAGUGGUGUUGUUGGAGGAAUCUAUUGCCUUGACAACGGGGCAGGGGUACGAGCGUGAUAGAGGGUUGAUGGUCGAUGGUCUUAAAACGCUAAAAUCGAUGGCUGAACUGCAGAAGUCUGAAAUCUCGGCUAAAGAGAAACCAAAAGAUACAUUUGACAGCGGCAGUGAAGGGCGAAGCCACUUGGAAUCUUUCGACAGUGGGUCUGACUCAGUUCGAGUUUUCGACUCAGAAUUCGAUGAUUCUUUCUAA